AGACAGUCCCCCCGGUGCCGCGCUGACGGGACUUCUAAUAUUACGACCCCUCUCUCUUAUACAUUUCAUCACAUGUAACAAUUCUUCCCCAAAGCGGUUGCAUCCCACUUUGUAGACCAUGGCCGUUGACGAUCCGUGAAACAUUUCUCAUUAUCAUUUCCACUUUCCUUUGCUGAAAGUCCCAAGUACUGUUCGCGCCGGCUCUAGACACGACUUACACAAAGACGAAGAGGCUCACUUUGUAAUGCUUCCAACCUCCACCAAUCACGGACAAUGAGCUUAUUCAAACCGUAAUCCAACUACUUCACAUCCGCCACGACAAUCAUCUACGAUUUUUUGAGCAACUUGUACUGAAAGCAGCUAGCAAUGACAAGCUCAGGGGGUGAUGUUCACUCCAGAAAUGGUGAACAUGGCGUAUCAUCCUUCUCAGCUUCUUCACAUCAACGGAUAGUUCACAUACCGAAUAUCCUCCCUCAUGAGCGAGUGUUUCCCAUACAGAUUGGCUCUGAGCUCUUUAAGCUGUCCGGUGCCUCAUUAUCUUCCGAUGCCCCCUCCUACUUCUCCCAAUACUUCCUCUGUCAACUCAAACGAGCCUCCGACGCCGGCCAAGACCCCUCCACCGCCAUCCGCACCCUCUACAUCGACCGCGACCCCGUUACCUUCAAAGACAUCUCCCUGCACCUUCAGGGCUACCACGUCCGGCCCCGGGACGCCACCCACUUCGUCCGUCUCUUCGCCGAUGCCCAGUUCUACUCCCUCCCCAAACUCAUCUCCCAGCUCUACGAGGAACCCAUCCACAUCACCAUCGGCUCCACCCCCUUCCAGAUCCCGCGGGACAUCUUCUCCCUUUCUGGACCCGGGAACACGCCAAACUUCUUUACGCUGGGGUUUGCCAUCUUUUUCAGCAAUCCCGAGGAUUUGUUUCCCGGUUUGGAUAGGGAGGGACUUAUUCGUCCGCCGUCAAUUGUCCCGCCUAGUGUGCCGAACCGCAGCGCCGAGGUCUUUGAGGAACUACUGCAUAUGUUGAGGGGGUACCCGGUCAAGAUAAGGGAUGAGACCCAUCGCCAGGAGUUGUUACGGGAUUGUAGGUAUUUCAAUUUCAAGAGGCUAGAGCAAAGUUUGAUUCCGCAUGAGAAGGGGUUCAAUCAGGCGAGGGGACGGGAGGAGAUUUUGCUGAGGUUGAGAGACAUCUUAAAGAGCGGGAUUAGCGUGGUGAAUGAGCCGGUGGUGGGAGAUCCUUUGGCGGGGUGGGUGAAUUAUGCCAGGCCGUAUGUGGAUGAUAAGCCGAUGGAACUCGUUCUCGAAGUCGGCGAAGAAGGCACGCGGUUACACUUUGGACCUGGAGGAAAGGAGUUGAGGGCGGGGUUCUUCAGGGACACCAAGACGAGAGUGGCCAAGUUGUUCGAGGUCGUCGCUACCAAGCUCAACUUACCCUCUUCCACGCAGCCGUUGGGGCUAUUAAUGGCAAAAGGAGGGAGGAGUAGCGAGCCGCCCACGCCAGGACACACUCCUCUCAGCGAAGACCUCGUCCGAGUCAUCCUCGACCCCGAAGCAAGCAUAACAUUAGACGGCCAACCCUGGACGCCGCCAGACGACUCUAAUCAAAAUACCUACCCACUACCCGCACACGAAGAAACCACAAUCAACACCCCCGGCACCACCACCAUCCCCGCAGUGCCCUCCGUCCCAUCCGUUCCUUCCUCCGCCGGCGGCGGUCCCUUGACAGCCGAAUCCCCCCUAGAGAUAUCCAACCCCUCCACCCCUCAACAACAACACCAACACCAACAAACAUCACCCGCCGAAAACCCCCGCAAACGCCGACGCCUCGACUCCAACCCGCCGCCCUUCGGAGUAGCCACCGUUCCAACCUCACCGCUAGGCGGCGAGGAAUGGAUCGUCAAAACCGGCCAGUGGCGGCUGCGUAUACAAUCGGUCACGACGAAGAAUCCGAAUCCCAACCCGGCCAAAGCGUCGGUGGAAUGUUGCCUGGUGGCUGUUAAACUUGAUGCGCUGAGCAGCGAGAGGAGGAGGAAUGAGAGGAGGGGGUUUUUGGGUGGUUAGGAACAUGAGGGACCUGACUGACAUGGAGGUGAGGUCUGAGACUGUUGAUGUGGAUAGGGAUGCAGACGGGAGGAAGAUGCUUGGUGAGAUCAGAGAAUUGAUGCGAACUUUAGGGGGAGGGGGACAUGGGAUGGGGUAGAGCGUGAUUGGCGAGAUCAAUGGGACGGGUGGAGGAUGAAGAUGCAGGAAAAGUCAAUGGAAGAGAGUUGACUAGAUGGGGUUAUAUCGAUGACAUUGGAUGGCGCGCUUUAUACGGUCUGUUCUAGGAAUUAUGAGCAUACUUACAGUAUCACUAGAUGCAAUGAUGUUCGUACAAGAGACACAGCAUGUAUACUUGGUCAUUGC